CUAUUAAGACAAUCCGUUUGCGAGUGGGCAUAAACGCUCGCGUGAAUGUAGGUACAUCGUACCUAGUACCUACGCACUUUGGCUGCGUUCGGCAGUGCGUUUGUGCGUGAUACGAGCCUCGUGCGACCCAUGUUUGUUUACAGGAUACAUGGAAGAAAGGGACGAAAGGUGAAGACGACGGUUCAAUCCGUUUUCGCGUACAUAUCAGUAUCUAUAAAGGAGAAAUGGCUCGUCCUUCCGUCUGUAAUCCGCUUUCGUACCUUAUCACAAGACAGAUCGACAACAAGGUCGAUCAUUGCAAACGUCUCGUUAACGCCAGAUUCGAGACCUCCGAAAAUCUAUUUAGAAAGGAUCUAUUAUCUCAUUAUGGAUGCGUUAAUGCGAUUGAAUUUUCGAAUCAGGGGGAUCUUCUCGUCUCUGGUGGCGAUGACAAGAGAGUUUUGUUGUGGAGAGUGGAGCAGGCAAUACAAGGUGUAGGCAGACCUUCGGUGAUGAAAGCUCAACAUAUUAGCAACAUAUUUUGUCUUGGUUAUGACAGUAGUAAAACAAAAAUAUUUUCUGCUGGAAAUGAUGAUCAAGUUAUUGUUCAUGAUUUGAGAACGGGUGAUGUUGUGAAUUUCUUUUUACACGAAAAACCUGUUUACGGCUUAUCGAUUCAUCCGCAUAACGACAACAUAUUUGCAAGUGCUUGCGACGAUGGGAGAGUUCUUAUUUACGAUAUACGAGGCUCUAGCGCUAUGGAAACUUUUUGCUUGGCACAAUAUAAAUCUGCUUUUCACUCUGUAAUGUUUAACCCUAUGGAGUCGAAGAUGCUUGCUACUGCCAAUGCCAAAGAAGGUGUUAGCAUGUGGGAUGUGCGAAAACCUUUAGAGCCUGUAUUACGUUAUGGAAAUGAAAGCUCUGCACAGAGUUGUAUGAAUGUUAGAUUUAAUGCAGCAGGUAAUAGGUUAUUAGCUUUGAGGAGAAGGUUACCACCCGUAUUGUAUGCAGUAGAUUCUUCUACUCACUUGUGUCAAUUUGAUCAUCCUGGAUAUUAUAAUAGUUGUACGAUGAAGUCGUGUUGUUUUGCUGGAGAUAACGAUCAAUAUGUUCUUUCUGGUUCGGACGAUUUUAAUUUAUAUAUGUGGAAAAUUCCUUCCGAGGGUGUUAAAUGGGUAGAUUCUGCACAUAUGGUUUUACGUGGCCAUAGGUCUAUCGUUAAUCAAGUACGAUACAAUCAAGCUAGUUGUAUUUUUGCUUCAUCUGGGGUUGAAAAAAUUGUUAAGAUUUGGAGUCCAUUUUCACUUGGACAUGGAUGUUUAGGUGGAUUGAAGAGAGAUGCUGGAUCUCGAGAAAGACAACGCAGAGUGUUCACACAUGAUGAAUAUAUUGGAUUAGUGUUACAUAGUGGUCAAUUCAUGACACACGAUUACAGUCAUCAAUCGACUAGAGAAGAUCCAAGGAUGAUGGCAUUCUUUGAUUCUUUAGUACAACGUGAGAUCGAGGGUUGGAGUUCUGAAUAUAUGACAUCAGCACCAGAGACACCUAGUGAUUCUGAAAAUAAUCCCGCAACUGAACCUGCUUAUAGUACAACAGAUUCCGAGGAUUCGUCGAGAUAUGAUCGCCUAUUGAUGUUACAAAUCUUAGGAUCAGCGGUAACAUCUCGUGGAUCCUCUGGAGGUAGAGUAGUUCCUGAAAGAUCUUUAGAGUCUCCAAAUCGUAUAUCACGACUUAUAGCAAAUCGCAGAGAAAAACUCAUGAGACUCGCAGCUAUGGAUUGUGGUGUACCAUUAAAUAAUGCUUCCACUACAGCACCUGGUCCAUCUGCUUCAGGUUCUGCUAGCGAUGGAGAAAAUGCACAAAUUAAGUGUAGAUUUAAACCGAAAUUAAAAGGAAUAAAAAGAAAACAUGGUAAAAAUUCUGGAAGAAGAAGUAGGGCUAGAAGAAAGUGUACCGUGUUACAAAUUAAUAGCGAGUCUGAUAGCGAUGAACAACCUAUCGAUACAACACAACCUAGUACUAGUUCUGGUGUAAUAUCUAGAAGAUCCCGAUACGUAACAAAUGCAAUUGAGAGUGAUGCGAAACGUUCAAGUUACAGUAGUAGCAGUUCAGAGGAUGAUAGUUCUAGUAAACGGAAACAUUCAAAAACUGAUUCUGAUACUUCUACAACAGUGCACAGAAGGAAACAUGGGAAAUGUAAAAGUAACUCAAAAAGUGAUACAACUAAGAACAAAAGCAAACGGCAACAAGUUAAUUAUGAUACAGAGGAAGGAAAACCGGACUGGAAAAUAUAUUUAAAUGGCGUUACCACAACAAAGGUUCAAGAAGAUGGCCCAUCAACGCCUCUGAAUAAAUCAUGUAAAGUUCCUUCAACUCCUGAUAGUGGUAUUACAUCAGAAGUAUCUACAGUUGAAAAAAAUGGCGAACAAACACAGGAAGAACGAAACGGCGCAGAGAGUUCCGAUCAUGAACAAAAAUUAAAAAAUUUAGAGUGUUUUAGAAAAAAAGUGGAUGUAGCGAGAAGAAGUUAUCAUAAUCGAUCUACGCCUUUAUCACAAACCAUUUCAACUACAACUGAUUCUUCCGAUUAAGCUCCUAUUACCUUCAAACCCUUUAAUCCCUUUCCCUUUGUACAUAGUGAAUCUGUGAUUCCUUGAGGUAUAUUUUUAUAAUACUAAGUUUGAUCACACGCAAAUAUGGUCGAUUUUUUCUAUCUUAUUUUAGAUUUUAUUAUUUUUCUGUUAUUUUCAUGAGCGUCCUUAUUAUUCAUAAGGAUUCUUAUGAAGUAUUUUAUUGGAAUCUCUUAUAAUACAAGGCACCUUCAUAAAUGUUUUGUCGGAAUCUUUCAUGAUACAAGACUGUCCCAGAGUAAUAAUACUUUAAAACAUUGGUAACUAAUGUAUUUUCGCCGUAUUUAAUGAUUUUGGUCGUGAACUAAUCGCGAAUUAAUUAAUUUAUAAUUGGUACAAAAAGUUAUAAAUUUAAUGGUUCCUCAUCUUUAAAAUUAACCACCGACAUAGUAAUUAUUUAGAAGAACUCGAUUUAUUACUGCAAGGUAAACGUGUUUGGAUAUGACCAUUAAAUAAUAUGUAAUCGAAACUACAACAAAACACCGCCGAGAGUUAUAGGUAAAUUAACGUUACAUUAGCUAUAAUAAGGCAACUCAGCUAAUGUGUAUUGUUGACAUGGUUUGUAAGUGUGAUGGAAAAUAAUAAAACAAUAAAUUGAUAUACCC